CUUAAACUAUUCGGACGUGUUCAUACAAGUGUUCUUAGCUCGCGUAAUAACAAUACCAAAUAACCCGUUAUCAUAUUUCGCUUUUGUGCACUUUAGUGGAGCAUCAGCAUAACAACCACUUUGUAAACAAGGAACCGCUACAACAUACCAACAAACAACAAAAUGCCAACACAACCAGAGCCACCUGACAAAUCAACAAACAGAUUCGCAAUACUAAGCCAAUUUGACGACACCGAUUACACAUUUCCCACACUUACACAUAAACAAACACCACUUAACCAACCCAAAUACAUAACAAUUACAGCAGCCAACAAUGAACUACAAAAACUAAGCCCAUUCGUAAUAAAAAGAGCAAUAGACUCAAUAUCAACUCAAAUAGAAAACGUAAAGCAACUCAAAGACGGAUCAUUGCUUAUACUGACACGUAACUCAAGAGUAGCUGAGCGGUUUUUAAAAGUGAAAACACUCGGUAAUCUAUGCCCAGUGACAGUCAAAUACCAAGACAAUCUAAACAGAAUAAAAUGAGUAAUUUAUGCGCCCUGCCUAAAUUUUGUAAGCGACGAGGAAAUCAUACAAGAAUUAAAAAGUCAAGGCGUAAGAAACGUAUACAAAUUCACACGCACAUUUGAAGGCAAAGCAACUCCUACUGGAAAAAUUGUAUUAUCUUUCGAUCUUUACCACCUACCCAAAGACAUUGAUAUAGCAUGGUACAAAGUUAAAGUCACACCGUACUACCCUACCCCUAUGCGUUGCAAAAACUGCCAGCUCUUGGGGCACACAAAAACACGGUGUACUAAUCCUGCCACGUGUGAAGGCUGCAACCUUCCACCUCACUCCCCAACUGACUGUUCGCGCAAACAAUGCGCAAAUUGUGGCAACAACCACGCAUCAUCAGACAAAGAUUGCCCUAGAUUCAAACAAACCCAAGAAAUCCUAAAAAUAAAGACAACUGCUAAAUGCUCAAUGGGAGAAGCACGUCGUAAAUACAAUGAAACGAACCACAGAGAAUCCCGAAACAUACUUACUUAGACAUCACCAAAGGAAACAAACCAACAUCCACCAACAAGCCACCACCAACGCCUCCAACAGAAACCACAAGCAUUGCUAAACGCCCCGCUUCAUCCCCACCGACUAAAAUUAAUC